UGCCUCCGGCGCAUUGCUAGUGUGAGUGCGAGAGAGAAUCGCGCGAACCAUACAGCUGCUGCGAGAAGUAGAGGAGCGAAGAACGGGGAGGCUGAAGGAAGGAGGCCCAGAGAGAGCAUAAGAUAGAAUGAAGAAGAGAUCGCGAGGCAGAGCAAAAAAAGCGAAAGAGGGAAGAAGGAGAAAGAGAAAUAGAGACCUCAAAAGGUUUAGGUCCUCACUAGCAACGGCAAGGGGUGUGGAUGUUGUUCCAGAGGUUCAGGAGCAUGGAGAUACACAUCCAUUAGGAAAUGGGUUGGAGUCACUUGAGGACAGGGUAGACCUCCUUUCAGAGAUGAUAUCGCAGAAUGUAAUACGCAUGCAAGCUAGGGCAAGGGGAAUUGUUCAGUCUGUCCUGAUGCUAGUGACACGUGCCGAACUAGAAUUCGCCAGCUUCCUACCACCAACUUAUUUCGUCUCAGACAUAGACAACGACUUCCAGCUCACCUUUGUUCAGGAGCAAGGAGACAGACAGCCAAUAGGUGAUGGUGCAGAGCCGCGGGACUUAUCAACUGGACUGGAAGAUGGCGGCCGCAGUGCUGCUCAGACCUCCCUAAACAAUCGUGUAAACCGCCUUUGGGAUUUUACACAGCGGCUCGAAGUGCACCUGCAAGCUUUCAUUAAGUGGAGUAGCCAGUGGUUACUGGUGAUUGCAACACACCUGAAUCUAGACCUCACUAACAUCGCACCAUCGGCUGCCGAUUUUCUCUUAGGCUUGGAGGAUGAUUUCUGAACACCUUUGACCUUUUUAGCCUCUUUUGGUUCAAGUUUCUAGUCUUAGUUAUUUGUUUCUCCAUAUAUAUUUUCAUGUUUUCCGUCUAGUCCCACUUUUUGGUUGGAUGUCUGUAAUUACACAAAUGAUGUGCUUUCACUUGACACAGGUGUUCUGAUAUAUGAUUCAGUAGCAAUUUCUCCACUUUA